GCAUUUUUCAUUGAGCUUUGAUGGGAGUGCAAAGGUCUAUCGCAAUAGAUUUUGACACAUCUGGAUGAAAAAAAAGGGGUGCCACAGAAGUGGAAGGCUUUGCUGGUAAUCUGUACAGUUCCGCGACAACGACACAAGAAAAUUUUGGCGCCUAAAAUAAAGCGUUUUUUGUAUAGUUCAUUGGAAUGACCCACGUGCAGAUGGUAAAUCUUUCGAUAGGAGGGAAAGAGAGAGAUCGGUGCAAGGAAAAACAAAAGGGAUAAUUGCCUCAAAAUGCCUCAGGAUCAGUCCACUGUAUGUGUUGGAGAAUAUUGACCAAAGGACGAAAUAGUUUGGUGUGACUUGACCCUUUUCGGUCAAAGUAAGGCUUUGAACCUUGUUUCUGUGAGAUUGACUUUUUUUUUUUCUUUUUCCUUUCCUCUUCUUUGUUCCAAUGCAAUGCCCAGCGGAACCACUUGUACUGCUAUGCCUUCCGACGAAGAAAGUGCUCUGUGUGCCGACUCGACUGAUUAUGGUGCCUUUCGCCAUUCCAAUACUCUAGUUCACCGUGACCAUUCCGUUUCCAGUGACGAUACGUCUUCCAGAGCCAGCAGUGACGCUGACGAGAUUAUCAGCAAAAUCAGCAAACGCAGGAAACAACGAAUGCAACGGCGCCAUUGCUCGCGACCCAUUCUGCCAAGCUUCUCCGAUAUUCUCCCCAACAAAAAGAACCUAUCAGAAAGCGAAGACGAACCACCUACUGACCUCGUAUUACCCGCAUUAAACCCGACUGCUCAAGAAGUGAUUGCUUCGAUCCCUUCUUCUUCUUCUCUAGAUCAACUGUUGAUGCGUCGAACCCACGUCAAUUUAAGUACGGUCAGAGCCAAAUACAGAAACAGUCGGAAGAAUGCCCGCGACGAAAAGUACGAAGUGUAUAGCAUCAUUCGAAGUUUUCAAUAUUAUCUAAAUUACAACGCUUAUGUGUCGGCCAUCAAAUGCGUGCUGUUCGCCAAUCGAACGAUUGUUUUAUUUGUGAAACUCGACUUAUUGGUCGAUUUGCUUUUCUGUUUGGCUUACCUAUUUGAGAUGAAGCAAGAAUUCGCCGUAGACCUUGAACCUUUCUGGCUCUACAAGCACCGCACCUACGAUUUGUGGUUCAUCUGCCAACUAUUGAGUAUAUGGGACUUUGGUUCUUUCACCAUCCGUUUUUUCAUGACCCAAUAUCCCAUGUCUGUCCUCUUGAGUUUCCGUUGCUUCAUUGAAUUGCUUACCACUAUUCCAUUUUUGGUAUCUAAUUUCAUUGAGCAUGGCCAGUACCUUUAUGUGCCUUAUUUUCUGCGAAGCUGGAUUUUGCUUCUACGGAUCAAGAGUGUCAUGAAAAUCAAAAUCAAUCUCCAGAUGACAGACAAGGCCCUCGAUCCUCUAAAGUACAAAUUCGCUCACUUGAUUGGGACCAUUGUUGCUCUCAUGUAUAACGGCUCGGCCGCCUUUCAGUAUUGUGAAGCCACCUUUGGUUCCGACAGUUACACCAUACUGGAUUCGCUCUAUGUCGUGAUGGUGACGCUCUCUACGGUCGGAUAUGGCGACAUCACGCCUACCACGGAAGCGAGCCGUAUCGUUAUGAUGCUCCUCAUUGUGAUCUCUUUGGCUGUUCUUCCAACAUUGAUCGCUGGCGUAUCAGAGACCCUCAGUCAAGAGAAUGAUGGGGGAGGGCAUAUUGGUAAGGGAUCCAUGCCUUUUAUUCUUAUCGUUGGUACAUUUACGCCCGAUCAGGUGAAUGAAAUCGUGGACGGGUUUGUGAACACCGAAAACGCCGAGUCGCAUUUGAAUAUGGUGUUUCUGGAUAUCAAUAAACCGUCGGAGGAAUUGAAGCUUAUGGAAAGAAACUCAAUGUGGGGCCACCGUAUUCGGUUUCUCCACGGGUCGGUUUUGAGCGAGAAAACCUUACAACGUGUGCAAGCACGAUACGCCAAGGCCAUUUUCACGAUAUCUGAUCAGAAUGCUACGGAGCCUAAUAAGGAAGAUGAACGUAAUACGGUGCGGUUAUGGUCGCUUUACUGCUACACGGUGAGCCACAACGUGCCGAUCUACACGUACAAUCUGUCUCCCAGCACGGCGAUCUACCAAAAAGUUGCGCAAGAAAUCAUUUGUCUGCGGGAAUUCAAGCAGUAUCUGCUUGCCAUGAACUGCCGAUGUCGUGGCGUAUCUACUGUAUUGACGAAUCUGUUGCAUCAGAGACAACCGCUCAACCAAUACGAUGAAUCAUGGCAAGCACAAUAUGAUGACGGUUCAUGCAAUGAAAUCUACAUGGCGCCCGCCACUCAGUGUAUCAUUGGGCUCAGAUUCGCCUAUGCUGCCUGGAUCAUUUACAAGGAAUGUCAAGCUAUUCUAUUUGCCAUCAAAACAUUUGUUCCCGAACGCAACGAUUAUGAAAUCUUGCUUAAUCCAUGCCAUGAUUACACGAUCAAAAGCGCCGAUUUGUGUGUGUUUAUAGCGGAAAGUCCAAAGGAGAUUCGAGAUAUCGAGCAUAUGAAUUCCAUCUAUGUGUGGCAAACUAUUCGGACCAUGGAAAAUCAGCGACGCGUUCAGCAACAAACAACAGAUAUGCAUGUUCCCUGCCCAGCAGCAUCCGAGAGUGUUGGAAUGGAAGCCAUGUCCAGCAGUGACAACAACACCCGAGGAGAACCUUCGCUUAAGUCAACGAUUCAUCAGAAAUUACAUGAACAGAUCUACCGCAUCAGUAAACUACCGUCCCCGCGUCAUGCUCUCCUUACAGGCAGUCGUACCUUAAUCAAAAGACUUGGAAAAGAUCCUUUGCCAGACGCCAAUCAAGAUACAGCCGUGCCCUUAUGCUAUUUACUGGACAAGCCGGCCGUCUUGGACGAUAUUGUGAUUCAAUCCACAGAGGGUGUGGAGAACCAUAUCCUUGUUUGUCUCCAUCGAGAAGUGAUUAAUAUUUUCAAAUUCAUCUAUAAUCUCAGAUCGCCUCACAUGAAACCCCAUGAAUUGCAAGAUAUCGUGCUUCUCUGCAGUAAACUCCCCAAACCCAAAAUCUUUGAAAUGAUCAACAUGUUUCCCCGAGUUUACUUUAUGGAAGGCAACUGUCGUUAUCCGGACGAUCUGCUUCGAGCAGGUAUACGGCGGGCGAAACAAGUCGUCGUGAUGAGCGAAAAAGAGUACCUUUAUCAGUAUGAGCGUAAUUCAGACAGUCCUGCCAUCAUGGCGAGUCAUAUCAUGGACUUAUUACUUCAAGAGCGUCCUAAUCAUUCUUAUACUAUUGUGAACCUCGUGGACAAGUACAAUAUCAAAUUCAUGCAUUUGUUGCAAGGAAAAGAUGUAGCGGAGGAGAUUGAUGUAUUUUAUACCCCGGCGUACGCUGCCGGCGACGUCGUAGCCGACAGUCUUCUCAGCAACGUACUACUAAGUCAGACGUACUAUAAGCCUGAUAUCGUUUCCAUCAUCAAGACAUUGUGUGGUAUGCCGGGUCCUUUAUGCGACGGUUCGGCGGCUUACUUACUAGCCACCUCGGAUCGGGUCACCACCAUGACCACCGCCACCAUCCAAGCCCCUCACCUUACCAGCAUCCCUAUACCACCCGAAUUUGUCAAUCAAACGUUUGCCUUUAUGUUUGAAUCCUUACUAUUGGACCAAGGCAUCUUGCCCAUUGGCUUAUUACGUGCACCCAGCGAAGCUUUUGGUAAUGAAUUGCCGUUUGUGUAUACCAAUCCUGUCCCGUCUCUUUUGCUCAAAGAAGAUGACGUUGUUUAUAUUCUCUCUCGACCAGGGUAUGCUUAGUCAGGAACAAAAAAAGAAAAGAUGUAAUCUAUCACUAUGCUUUGUCUACUUUAGUUUUUGAAACCCCCCAGCUUACAAUGAAUCGAUAUUCAUUCCAUGGAAUUUGUUUGGACAAUUUUUUUUUUCUCGCUGAGAAAAUCAAAUGCUGCAAAUAAAGUAAAAAAAAAGUUCAAGU